AUGUUCUCCAAGACCGCUGUUGCUAUCACCACCCUCCUUGCCGCCGCUGAGGCUAUCAAGGUCACCAAGCCCGCCAAGGGUGACGAGUGGGAUCUCUCCAAGACCAACGAGAUCACUUGGGACACCGUCUCGACCGACCCCAAGAGCUUCGAGAUCGUCAUCAUCAACCAGUCCGCCUACCCCGCGACCGAGGAGACCAUCGCCACUGUCAACUCCGCCGAUGGCAAGUACGAGCUGAAGGGCGCCAAGGUCAGCGCUGGUGAUGCCUACCGCAUCAACUUCGUCUCCAAGGACCCCCAGAACCAGGGCAUUCUGGCCCAGUCCCAGGAGUUCAGCCUCACCUCUGACGACUCCUCCGACGACAAGACUGCCUCCGCCUCUGCCACCGCCUCCGGCUCCGCGAGCGCUUCCGGCUCUGCCUCUGCCUCUGCCACCGGUGCGUCUUCCUCCGGCUCGGCCACUGGCUCUGCGGCCACCGCCUCGGUGACCAAGACCGCCUCCGGCCUGACCACUGUUACCACUGGUACUGCCACUGCCUCCGCCUCCGGAACUGACGCUUCGGCUUCAGGCACCGCUUCCGGCACCGCCACUGGCUCUGCCGCCUCUGGCACUUCCACCUCUGCUCCCAGCAGCGCCUCCGCCGUCAAGUCCACCUUCGCCAUCUUCGGCUCCGUCGCCCUUGCCGCCUACAUGCUCUUCUAA